AUGGCCUCGCCAAUGGCCCGGCUGCUCCUGCCCCUGGGCCUGAUGCUCCACGCCGCCCCGGCCCUCGGGUCCAGCGUGUUCCGGAUGAGGCCGCCGCAGGUGGAGGGCGCCCCGGGCCGGCGGGUGGAGCUGAACUGCGAGGUGCUGCUGCCCACGCUGGCCGGCGGCUGCUCCUGGCUGGUGCAGAAGGCCGACCCCGCCGGCGGCCCCGCCAGCAGCCCCGCCUUCCUCCUGUUCAUCUCCAACCGCGUCAAGCUCUCCCCGGAGCUGGACGCCGGCCGGUUCUCCGGCAAGAAGAUCGGGAGCGACCGCUACGUCCUCACCCUGGACAGCUUCCGCGAGCAGGACGAGGGCUACUACUUCUGCUCCUGCAUGAGCAACUCGGUGAUGUACUUCAGCCCCUUCGUGCCCGUCUUCCUGCCAGCCAAGCCCACCACCGCGCCGCCGCCGCCGCCCCCGCCGCCCGCCACCAACGCGUCGUUGCCGCGCUCCCCGCGCGCCGAGACCUGCCGGCCGGCGGCCCGCCCCGCAGCGGAGCCCGGGGACCUGACCUUCGCCUGCGUCAUCUACAUCUGGGCGCCGCUGGCCGGGGCCUGCGCGGCCCUGCUCCUGGCCCUGAUCGCCACCGCCGUCUGCAGCCACCGGAACCGGAGGCGCGUUUGCAAAUGUCCCAGGCCCGUGGUCAGGCCUGGAGGCAAGCCCAGCCCUUCCGAGAGAUACGUCUGA